AUGGUUCUGCUUUCUCCAACUCAAACUCCGCGAUCAAGCGUAAGAAGGAGCUUGAGAGAUUCGCUAUUGAUUGAUUGGAGUUCGAAUAUGAUCAAGCCUGAUAAAGGAGUCAAUGUGCAAGUCAUUCUCUGCUGCAGGCCUUUAAACGACGAGGAGAUGCAGCUAAUGUUACCUGGAGUGAUUUCAUGUAAUGAAGAUAAAGGAGAAGUUUCUGUAAUACAAAACACAGCUUCUAAGCAGAUAGAUAAAACCUUUUCCUUUGACAAGGUGUUUGGUCCUACAUCGCAGCAAAAAGAGUUGUUUGAAGAAGCCAUCGCUCCUACUGUAAAUGAAGUUCUUGAGGGCUAUAAUUGCACUAUCUUUGCAUAUGGUCAGACUGGAACGGGUAAAACUUACACAAUGGAAGGUGGAAGAGUAGCGGAGAGUGGAGAAUUCCCUAGUGAUGUAGGAAUAAUUCCAAGGGCUGUUCAGCAAAUUUUUAAUGUUCUUGAAGUUAGAAAUGAGGAUUAUAGUAUGAGAGUUACCUUUCUAGAGCUUUACUAUGAAGAGAUAAUGGACCUGCUUGCACCGGAUGAAAUUUCAAAUGACCCAGAUGAUAAGUCCAAGAAGCCAUUAGCUCUUAUGGAAGAUGGUAGAGGUGGUGUUUUUAUUAGAGGAUUGGAGCAGGAACUUAGUUCUUCUAUUGGGGAGGAGCUAAUAAAGUGUGGAAAACUUGACCUUUUUGAUCUUGCUGGUUCCAAGAAUGUAGUACGAUCUGGUGCAAAAGAGUUGUCAUCAACAUUUUCGGGAGAUUCAUCAGUGAAGCAAGAAUCUGGGGAUCAAAAUAUUCUGUCAGAUAUCUGUGAGUCUGCUCACUCCUUGAAUAAUUCGAGAGUUACUUUCACAGCCGUCAACUAA